GUUCAACGUGGUGCACCUACCACGGCUGCUCUGUCGUGCUCCGAGUUGACGGCGACAGCGUGUCGAAAGGGCCCGCUAUUUGGCGAGGUAUACCGCAAGCAGAGCAGGAACCAAUCUACCAGGUGGACUGCACCAUCGAGUGGCCUGGCGUCACCUGGUUUGCCCGUCGGCAAAAUACCUGCAGGUGCCGUGUGAGGUGAUGCAGAGGAGUCCGCCGUUUCCCUGUGCCUAUGCAUUCAAGGCGGCCCUGCACAUCACCUUUGAUGUCCUCGACCAGAUGGUCCGCAUGUCCAAGUCGGAAGUCAACAAGCUGGUGCGGGAGUUCUCGACAGGUUCCGAGAACGAGCCAAUGGUGGUGGAGCGGGCGCUCGGCCACGUUGUGUCCAGCAUCGAUGCAGGCAACGUCGUGGUGCUUUCACGUGCCUUCUAUUCCGCCUAUAGCCUGUUGCACUAUAAACCGGCACAGCUGGCCCGUGGCGUCUGCCUCGUACGGAGCAUCUUUGUUACACCAGGCCGGCUUAUCUUUCGCCCUGCGCAGUGCACCGAGAUGCGCAGUCCACGUGAACAGUACCAGGAACUACCCAAGCGGACUGGCAUCACAAGCACUGUCAUUGUCACCAAGUGUUCCUUCCUGCACUCGGGCAACUCGCGAUAGUUCACCGCCAUCGACGUGCUCGAGCUGCACCACGUCAUUGACUGCAUUGUGUAUCCGGCACCCGGAC